AUGGCACAGAUCUACAUAUUACUCAUUCUCAGUGACGUGACUACUCUAAGUCAAUAUAUCACAAAAUACACCCAAGCCGCCUUAGCUCCUGGCAAGGUAGAAUACUACGACCCUUUCUGGGUCGCCGUGGCACAUGGAAGUACCGAUGCUUUGCACAUGCUGCUUGAGCAAUAUACUGCCAAUAUAGCCCAGACAGAACCGCUUGAUAAGAGAGGUUUUAUGGUGCUUGAUGUGGCAUAUCGGUAUGUACAACUUGCGACAGCGCGGUUCCUGCUAGACAGCCAACCUCUGUUGGGGAUAGUUGAUGCGCGGAAUCGCCGUGGUGAGGCUGCGAUCCUAGCUACCGCAGCGUCGCUGGCUUGCUUGAGUUGUGAAAGUUGUGAUUAUGAUUACUUCAGCGAACGCAUCGCGUGUGGCGAGGAAUUGAUGCACCUACUUCUCGAUCGGGGCGCUUCUGCCCGCGAUGCUAUUAUCCCCCGACGCGGUGGUGGUGAUGGACAACCGCUGCACACUGUUCUCGGGUGGGCCGUCUGCCGGAGUAGUUACGGAUUGGUGAAACGCCUCUUGGACGAAGGGACUGAUGUACAUCGAAGGAAGCAGUACAUGAAUGGCUACAUCCAAGCGCUACUUGACCAUCUAGAUAACAUAGUAGACCGGGUCGCUCGCGAUAGCACCGGACGACUGCCACCGCAAUGGGUGGCUGCAGGACCCACCCUCGGAUCCGUAGACGGCGAGUCCAUCGAUACGUCUCUACUUGAUUUUCUGAUCGCGCAAGGUGCCAACACAACCACAACCGACAAAGACGGCAACACCACUCUGCACACAAUGCCCCGAAAUCUGCGGCAAGUCAAAGCAGCACAGUUUUUACUCAACGGUGAGGCGGAUAUCAGCGCUACAAGUUGCGACGGAAACACGCCCAUACACGAAGCGAUGCGAGGAACUCUCCGGCCGAGGGAAACCCGAGAAAGAAAGAAAGGGAAUGUAAUGAUGGCAGAUCGGAUAAGAGUGCAGGACGAGAUGUUUUAGGUGCUGCAGGAUGCUGCGAAGAAUCAUUUUCAUGACU